UAACACGUCUUUAUUUGACUUGACUGGGAUUCAUAUUAUUCUGGUAAAUUUUUCCACAAAAGUAAAGAUGAUUAACGAACUACAGAUUUCUGGGAGACUCUGACAAUUAGGUUAAUUUCAAGCUAAUCACAGGCAAUAUUUUCUCUGCAAUCUGUCAGCAUUUGAUUCCUGAUUAGGGUUGUUCCCAGUGAUUGAAUUAGAGGAGUGAGAAAGAAGGCAAGGAAGAGAGAGAGAAAAACUCGGCUUACUCGUGUACUCGGCCUACUAUGUGGAAGCAAAGCAGGGAAUUCAUAGCAAAUUUAUUGGAAUCCUGUAUUAAGAAUAAAUCCCAUAAAGUUGGGAAGGCUUUACAUGCUCGAAUUCUUCGAACGGGGUUUGCUUCUCAAACCUUUCUUUCGAACCGUCUCAUUGAUUUUUAUUCCAAAUGUAACAAUCCUGAGUAUGGUAUCCGGGUUUUUGAUGUAAUGCCUGAGAAAGAUAUAUUUUCUUGGAAUUCUGUGCUGAGUACGUUGUGUGCGGUUAAUCAAUUGUGUGAUGCGUGCACAUUGUUUGAUGAAAUGCCUGAGAGAAAUGUUGUCUCUUGGAACAAUGUGAUUAGUGCCUUUGUUAGAAAUGGUGAUCAUAGUAAAGCAUUAGAAAUGUAUGUAUUAAUGUUUUCCGAAGGUUUAGUGCCUACGCAUUUUACUUUGGCAAGUAUUCUUAGUGCUUGUGGUGUCUUGUUGGAGCUUGAAUAUGGUAGGUUGUGUCAUGGUCUUGCUAUUAAAGUUGGUGCUGACCGAAAUAUGUAUGUGGGCAAUGCUUUGCUUUCUAUGUAUGCUAAGUGUAGAUGUAUAGGAGAUGCAAUUCACGUGUUUGAAGAAUUGUCAGCACCGAAUGAAGUGUCUUUCACAGCAUUAAUGGGUGGCUUGAAAGAGACUCGAAGAGUUGAGGAGGCAUUACGGGUUUUUAAGUUUAUGCACGAGACCAAAACUUGCAUCGAUGCUGUGUCAUUGUCCAGCAUUCUUGGUGUCUCUACUAGACAAGAGGUUGAUGGUUUGCAACGUAAUAUGCAUGGGAAAUUAGUACAUGGUCUUUCUAUCAAGCUCGGAUUACAAAAUGAUUUUCAUUUGGUUAAUUCACUGCUUGAUGUGUAUGCCAAGAAUGGCGACAUGGAUAGCGCUGAAAUCAUUUUCCGGAACAUGUCGAAACAGAGUGUUGUUUCUUGCAAUAUUAUGAUUGCUGGAUAUGGUGAAGUUUACAAGUGUGAAAAAGCAAUAGAGCUAAUGGAGAGAAUGGUAAUUUCUGGUUGUCAACCAGAUGAGGUCACUUUCAUCAACAUGAUAGCAGCUUGUGUAAAAUCAGGGGAUGUCAAAGUUGGGCGUCAUGUAUUUGACAAACUGGUGUGCCCAAGCUUGAGCUCAUGGAACGCUAUGCUUUCAGGGUAUGCACAGGCUGAAAAGCAUGUUGAAGCAAUAGUGCUUUUCAGGGAGAUGCAGUUUAGGAAUUUAAAGCCUGAUAGUACUACUAUCGCUGUUGUUCUUGCCUCUUGUGCAGAGUUGCUACUUCUGGAAUGUGGAAAACAAAUCCAUGCUGUCACACUAAAGGUAACCUUAAACAGUGAUGUAUAUGUUGGUAGUGGCCUUAUUACCUUGUAUUCUAGGACUGGUAAAAUGGACAUUGCCAAGUCUAUUUUUCAUGGACUGCCUGCAGUUGAUAUCGUAUGCUGGAAUUCUAUCAUAGCUGGAUUUUCUAUUAAUUCUCUGGAAAAGGAGGCUUUUGAUUUCUUUAAUAUCAUGAGGAGAUAUAUGUGUCCUACUCAGUUCUCCUACGCUACUGUGCUGAAUUGCUGCGCCAAGCAAUCCUUUUCAUCUCAGGGUAGACAAGUCCAUGCUCAGAUUCUGAAAGACGGAUGCAUAAAUGACGUAUUUGCAGGAAGUGCUCUUAUAGAUAUGUAUUGUAAGUGCGGUAAUGUAGAGGGGGCCCGGGAAAUUUUUAAUGCAAUGCCUAUAAAAAAUUCUGUUAUCUGGAAUGAGAUGAUACAUGGAUAUGCACAAAACGGUAUUGGAGAUGAGGCUGUGCAUCUCUAUGACUGUAUGCUUAGAGAUGGUGGAAAACCUGAUAAUAUAACCUUUGUAGCUAUUUUAACAGCUUGCAGCCAUUCUGGAUUGGUUGAUGAAGGGAUCAGAAUAUUUGAGUCAAUGCAAAUAGAGCAUAAAGUGGAACCACUUUUAGAUCAUUACACCUGUAUUAUUGAUGCUUUGGGUAGAGCUGGGAGGUUGCAUGAAGCAGAAUCGUUCAUAAGAAGGAUGCCGUGUAAAGAUGAUCCUGUUAUAUGGGAGGUUCUACUUAGCUCAUCCAGAUUCUACUCUGACAUUCUUGUUGCAAAGAGAGCCGCUGAAGAACUUAUGUCCCUGAAUCCAAGAAGCUCUACUCCUUAUGUGCUUCUAGCAAAUGUCUUUUCUUCAAUGGGAAGGUGGGAAGAAGUAAGUGCAGUUAGAGAGCUCAUGAGUGAUAACAAUGUGGUUAAGGAUGCAGGCUUUAGCUGGACAGAGAGUAAGAAUGAGAAUGAAAUCUUGGAAGUUGCUGACUCAUUUUCCCCUCUCGAUCACAAUGGAGUUGAUGGCACUCAUAUUUUCACGGUUGAUAGGUCUCAAGUUGGUUAGGUUUCUAUUCCUGUCUUUCCUCUGGCAACCUGUGUUGUUGUUUUGUGGAAUUGUGUUGAUAAGGCCUUCUGAUAGCGUCUUCUACACCAUGAAGUGCAGAAGAGAGCCUCCAGCACAUCUUCCUCUUUCAUCUCCAUCUCCUCACAGCGCUUUAGUAGAUUUUGAUAGUAUGGACAUGAAAGAGAUCGUGAGUGGGCAUUUUCUCACUGUCUAUCUGCUAUGUAUGAUUCAUUGGAUGGAUCUUUGUCCAUUUCAUAGGCACCGGAUGAAAUUAUUAGAUGAAAUAGAGCUAUAUGCGAAAUAGACAACAAUGUUAAGCUAAUCAUUUCAGUUGUUCCUUGAAAGUGACAAACUUCCAGCUUCCUGAACAUAUCUCUUAACAGAGGGAAUCGCACAAAUAAAAGGGGGAGGGGGGGGUAUUGUUAUUGUGUGGGCGCAAGUGCUCUUGUUGAGCGAAGGGGAACAAUAU